UUUUCAUAUAUUUAUCGCUUUCACUUCUUCUUGAUUCUCUGUUGCGCUCUCUGCUAAAGAAACUAAAAAGAGAAAGGGAAAUGGCUUCUAUUUCUCACUCGAGCACCUUUCCAUGCAAGACCCUGUCAGUUACCCAACCACGAACACAAUUCACCUCCAAGCCGGCAGCUUUACCGACCAAUUCGGUUAAAAUCGCCCUGAAAACGGUCGGGAAAUCGUGGGUUUGUUCCGGAGCCGGAGAAGUCGUCCGGCAUAGACCCAAUUUCCGGCUCAGAGCGGUGAGCGAUGACGAAUGGGGCCCAGAGAAGGAGGAGGGUUCUGCUGCGCCGGUGGCAGUGGCGGAACCGGAGGAGGUGGAGGAAGCAAAGCCGACCGAGAUUGAAAGGCUGAAGAAGGCCCUUGUGGACUCGUUUUACGGGACUGACCGAGGGCUGAAAGCGACGAGCGAGACGAGAGCGGAGAUCGUUGAGCUUAUCACUCAGCUGGAGGCGAACAACCCGACACCUGCGCCCACCGAGGCGUUGACUCUGCUUAAUGGAAAAUGGAUUCUCGCAUACACAUCUUUUGCAGGUUUGUUCCCAUUGCUGGCAAGGGGUACACUGCCCUUAGUAAAGGUAGAAGAAAUAUCACAGACAAUCGACUCAGAAAACUUCACUGUCCAGAAUUCUGUCCAGUUUGCUGGGCCCUUGGCUACAACUUCGUUUAGUACCAACGCCAAAUUUGACGUCCGAAGUCCAAAGCGUGUGCAGAUCAAGUUUGAACAAGGGAUCAUUGGGACUCCUCAAUUAACGGACUCUAUAGAGGUACCAGAAAAUGUGGAGUUUUUGGGACAAAAGAUUGAUCUGACACCCUUUAAGGGCAUAUUCACCUCUGUUCAAGAAACAGCUUCAUCGGUUGUGAAGACCAUUUCCAGCCAACCACCAGUAAAGUUCUCCAUACCAAACAGCAAUGCUGAAUCAUGGUUACUUACCACAUACCUUGACGAAGAACUUAGAAUUUCAAGGGGAGACGCUGGGAGUGUGUUUGUGCUCAUCAAGGAAGGGAGCUCCCUUUUGACGCCCUGAGCAAAGUUAAAUAUUAUUCUUCUUAAAUCUUAUUAGCUUUACGCAUCGCCAAAGACACUCUUAUGUUGUGAAAACCCAUGGUGACGAUUCUAAAAGAAACUGGUCUGUAAUUUGGCGUUGUUUAUAAAGAAGGAAAAAGUAGAUCUAGAAUGUAAUUUUUGUUUUUCAGUCUUUCGUAGUCACUGUAGGGGUGAAAAAAAAAGGGUAAACCGGACCACCGGUUUGGUCCGUAUCGGUUCCAUUUUCAAAACCAAUUGAAAUCGGUUUGAUUUUUCUAA